GCCUGUUUAUUUCCGUAGUCCAUUCCACAACCCCUUUGUUUUUUUUGCGUGGAACCUAUUCCAGUACAACCUCGUAUUCCUUGUUCAGGUCGGCCUAUAUGGCUGCAAGAUGGUCCGAUAGUUUGAUCAGACCGUCAUCGUCAUUCUUUCGCGAUACGGCUAUCGAUAAGCGGCGCCGGUAGGGGCGGGGCAGCACUGCAGCACAGCGCGCUCCGCUCGUCUCUCCGGUACAUUUCCCGUUCAUACGCACGCACGCACGCUCUUCGCGCGGGUGUACUGCGAGCGAGCGAGCGAGCGAGGCGGUCCGGAGCCCAUGCCUUCUUCAUCCGUCAGGGCUCUGUCUCCCUAGCACCACACACAUCGGUUAGCAGGAAGGGAAGGCUCGGUCGGCGCAAACGCGCGUCCCCGAUGGAAUUCCAGUCUGUGACCUCCGCUAUCACCGGGCGGAGAGCGGGGGGGCGGCCAACGGAGAGCAGGAGAGCCCCGCUGCUUUACUACCGAAUGUUUCCACCCAACCGGUCGCGCUGCUGCUGCUGCUGCUGCUGUUCCCGCGUGAGGGGUCCGUGUGUGUCGACAUAGGAGGAGGAGGGAUGAAUGAGAUGCGAGGCGAGUAAAAGUUGAUCGGUUUUUUUUUCCGGGGAGAUCGUUCAGCGUCAACGGCAGGAUUAUUCCCACUAUCGCCCCCCAGUCUGGGAAGUUCCCUUGGGGGUUAUGGCUUCAGGCGCCGGUAAGGCUGCACAGUCCCCCGGGCCGGGAUCCACGGUGAACGGGACUGCGGCAGAGUUCCCGAAGGCUGACCACGAGCUGUACGACGACCAGAUGCAGAUCAAGAUGUGCAAGAAGAUAGCGCAGCUCACGAAGGUGAUUUACUCGCUGAACAUGAAGAACGAGGAGCAGGAGUCCGCCCUGCAGUCCCUGACCUACGCCCACCAGCAAGAGCUGCACCGCAUCGUCAUGGAGACCUGCAACGAGGGGGAGGGCUCUCUGCUGAGGACACGCCUCCUGGAGCUCCAGGAGUCCCUGGACCAGCAGCAGAGGGUCGGGGCCCAGAUGCAGGCCGACUUUGAAUGUUUCCGGGCGCAGCGUGAGGAGAGGGAGCGCGAGAGCGAGGGGGAGCUGAGGAAGGAGUUCGAGGAGAAGCUGCGGCUGGCGGACGAGGAGCUCCAGGCCGCCAGGACCCAGCUGGGCUCCGCCCGCGACGAGAGCCAGCGCCUGGGCCGGGACCUGCAGGCGGCCGGCGAGCGCGUCCGGGAGCUGGAGGCCCGGUGCGACCAGCUCCACCGGGCCGAGGGGGAGAGGAAGAGCGAGGAGGAGGAGGAGAAGGCGCACGCCCAGGAGGAGAGGAGGAAGGAGGAGCGGGAGGACUCGGAGCGGCUCGACGCUCUGGCGGGGGAGGUCCGGGCGCUGACGGAGGAGAAGGAGCGGGCGGAGGCGGAGAAGCGCCGGGCCGUGAGGGAGGAGAAGGAGGCGUGGGAGACGCGGGUGAACGCUCUGAACGAGGAGAAGGACGAGGUCCGGCGGAGGGUGGAGGCGGAGCGCCGGGAGGAGCGGCGCCGGUGGGAGGAGCGGGAGGAGGAGGAGAAGAAGGGCAUGCACAGCGCGCUGAGGGAGCGCGUGAAGAGGGCGGAGGCGGAGGCGGAGGGACACCUGGAGAGGCUGGGCGAGGGCAAGCGGGGCGCGCUCAAGCUGCAGGAGAGGAUCCAGGACCUGGAGGAGGAGCUUGAGCUGGGGCGGAGGCGUGUCUCUGAGGCAGAGGGCGGGGCUAAGCGUGCAGAGGAGGAGCUCGCCGUGGCCAAGGAGAGGCUACUGCUGCAGGAGGAUGAACUGCAAAGCACAGCAGAGGAGUUGCUGAGCCGCGGGGGCUGCCAGGUGUGUGUGUGUGCGGAGCUGGAAGAGGCGCAGAACCAGCUGAGUCGGCUUCAGAGUCGGAACAGAGAGCUGGAGCUGCAGAGCAACGGCAAGAAGAGCGACCAGGCCCGGCAGAUACGCCAGCACGCCGAGGCCCUCUCCAGCCUGCGCUCGGAGAUGGUGCGCGCCCAGACGGAGGAGCUGCGGCGCGUGCAGAAGCACGCCGACAACGAGCGGGACAAGCUGCAGAAGGAGCUGGAGCGCGAGCGCGACGCCCUGCAGCGGGAGCGCGAGCACGAGAAGGAGCAGACGGAGAAGGAGCGCCACAGGCUGCGCAAGGACCGCGACGAGGAGAAGCAGGCGCUGCUCAAGGAGGCGGAGGAGCGCCGGGAGCGGCAGCGGCGGGAGGCGGACGAGGAGGCGGAGCGGCUGCGCAUGGAGACGGAGGUGGAGCGGGUGCGCGUGCGCUCGCAGCUGGACGGCCACCGGGAGCAGCUGGAGGCGGAGAAGGGCCGGCUGCAGCAGGCGCUGGAGGCGGAGAAGCAGCGGCUGUGGGAGAAGGCGGAGGAGGACCGCCGGCGGCUGAAGGAGCAGGUGCGGCGGGCCAUCGAGGAGGUGAUGAGGAGGCAUGCCGCCGAGCUGCAGUGCGUGCAGGAGGCGCUGAGCUCCGAGAGGAAGACCAACCAGGAGGUGUGCGCUCGUCUGGAGGAGGAGAGGAGGAGCAACGGGGAGAUGCGGCGCGGGCUGGAGAGAGAGAGGGAGGACCUGAGAUCACAGCUGCAGGACGCCACCAACGAGACGACGCUGCGUCUCCAGUCCCGCCGGCUGGAGUCCGCGCGGAAGGAGGCGGAGACCAAGACGCCGGGCGCGGAGGAGGCCCCGCCCACCUGCGGCCCCGGCUGCUCGCGGCUGAAGGAGGAGCUGCAGCAGGCUCAAAGCCGAUUGGCCCGCGUGCAGCAGGACGGGGACAAGCACCGGGAGCGGCAGCAGAAGGAGCUGGGGACCCUGCGGGCCGACCGGCACCGGCUGGAGGAGAAGGUUCUGGAGCACAGCCGGCUCAACACCGAGAGGAGCCUGCUGGAGCAGAGCCAGCGCAAGACCGAGGACAAGAUCAGGGCGGAGUGCGAGGAGCGUCUGCGGGCGGAGUUCCGGAUCGAGCUGAACGCGGCGGUGGCGGAGGGAGAGCAGCGCUGGGCCGGCCGCGAGGAGGAGCUGCAGAGCCAGGUGGAGGAGCUCAGGGGCCAGGUGGAGGGGCCCCAGAGCCCACAGGCCGAGAAGAAGAGGGCGGGUCUAGGUGAUGACUGCCAUGGCAACCCUGAGAUUGACAGGCUGAGGAAGGAGGUCCAGGACACCAAGGAUAUCAACAAGAAACUGAGAGAUCAGCUGCAGGGGCCGCACACGCAGUCCCUGGCAGAGGAGAGGCACAGCCACGCCAUGUCGCUGCAGGCCCUGGAGAGGCUGGCGAAGGACGACCUGCAGUCGGAGAGGAGCCGGCUGCAGACGCUCCACCAGCUGCAGCUAGAUAAGCAGCGUGCAGAGCUGACCCAGCAGCACACAGAGUGGAGCCGGCAGAUGACCCAGAGACACAUGCAGCAGAUAGAGGACCUGCAGGCCGAGCUGCAGACACACACACAGAUGAUGGCCCUGCAGCAGGACCUGAAGCAGCAGAACCAGUGGCAGGUGUUUGAGCGCCAGCUGGAUGAGAGUGGCUGUCUGGUGCUGGAGCUGCAGAGGGAGAACGCAACGCUGAGGGAACAGCUCAAGGAAAGGGCCAUCCUGGAGAAAUCCGAGACGGAGGAGAAGGAGAAGGAGAAGGCGGAGUCGCUGAAGCAGCGAGACGCGCAGCUGGAGGAGGAGGCGCAGCGGCUGAAGGAGGAGGUGGAGAAGCUCCGGGUGGAGAUGGAGAAGCUGGAGGAGUCCCAGAAGAACUGGGAGGACAGGAAGGAGGAGGAGACCAAGGAGGAGGAGGACGAGCUGCGGAAGAAGGAGGAGCACGAGCGCAGGCGGGGCGAGGUGGAGGAGAUCCGGAGGAAGCACCGGAAGGAGCUGCAGAGUCUGGCCUCCGAGUACAGCAGCGCCCAGACACAGCUGCAGGCCCGCAUCGCCGCCCUGGAGACGGAGUGUGUGUAUACUAGGCUCCGGGAGCGGGAGGACAGGUGCAGGAAGAGAGAGAGCCGCUUCGACGACCUGCAGUUAGGACGGCUUCAGGACAGGCUGACCGAGAGAGACGAGCUCAUCAAGCAGCUAGUGGACGAGCGCCACCUGCUGCAGGUGCACCCCCCGGAGUCCGGGGACAACGGCAGAGAGAGCGCCUGGCUCCGCGAUAAGCCCCGCCCCGGCAGCAGCACGCCCACCAUGGGGGUGAGAUCGAUUAGGAAGCAGCCGGAGGAGCCGCCGCCGCGCCUGGGCUCCGCCCCCGCCGCCGCCGCCGCCGCCGCCUCCUCCUCCUCCUUCGACCGGGUCCUCUUCCCGCCGCACUCGGCCUCCCCGCCGCUGACGCAGCGCGCCUCCUCCACCCUCCCGCACUCCUCGGCCUCCCACCCCCACUACUCCACCUCCUCGCUGCCGCACAAGCACACGCCGCUCUCCCUGGGGCCGCACGCCUCGCCCUCGCUGCCCCGCUCGGCGGCCCGCGCGCAGCGCAGCUCCUGCACCCCGCCCACCCCGGCGCCCACCGCCCCGCUGCCCGUCUGCCCCUCCCCCCAGAUGGGCAUCCGCUACGUCAAGCCGUCGUCGUCCCGGGAGACGCGCCCGCACCCGCCGCAAGGCCAGCACGCCAGGGGGUCCUACCUUGAGAGCAGAGGUGGCGGCGGGACGGAGGGGGUGAAGCAGGAGUGGUACACCAAAUACUUCUCCUUCUGAAGGACGCCCCCCCCACCCAAAACCCGCACAUAAACGGUCAUCGCUUCAGUUCAUCGCUUCUCAACACACAAGGGCCUUACACUAUGAAGACAGCACAUGAUGGGAUGGCGCUCUACCAACAGCCCCCUGCGUCGUCACCGAGGGGGUUCUCAACGUGUGGAGUUGACUCAGGGUUCUCCCCCCGCCAUUCAGAGCACAAAUAAGGAGCCAACAAAGUACGAGCGAGGAAAGAGGACUGACCUACCUGCACACAUGAGCAUGUUGAUUGUAAUCGUUUCAAAAAGCUCUGCAUCGGUUUUUUUGGCGGGGAAAACAAGGAACAACUGAGAAUGUGAAAUUGUAAUUAUUACUCCUACAAUCGCUUAAUUUAUUUUUUAUUGAAAACGAUGAAAAUAAAUGUUUUGAUGCUGCCAGAUGCGGAGAAGCGUGUUAGUGAUUGCAGAAGUGUAUCCAGUCACUGGCACCUUCAGUGGUUUCAAAAAGUACAACACAACACCUUUGGCUUCCAUUCACACGCCUUUGUCAACCGGCGGCCAUUUUUAGACCGAUCCAUAUUUUUAUUCUCCUGUUCAAAACGAAGUAAGAAAAGAAAUUAAAGCGUUUGUUCCGAUACCAAGCUGCUACAGCAGUGUGCAGAUGUAAAGACUUCAAGGAUUAGUUGUAAUUGUUGAAGCCGGACGAAAAAUAGGUGGAUAAAUAGGUUUUUGUUGUUAUGGCGCUUACCGGUCCAUACACUGAGUCCACACGCCUGCAGGUUGAGAUAAGUUACGUUACCCCGGUGACUGGCGGCGUUUCUGAGUCACGCCCAUAUUAGGACGGUGAACGAAGAUUUCAGAAGACAGCCGCUAACCCCAUGCUCUUUGCUUUGUAGUAGUAGAGGCCUCUCCACCCUUAAACCCACCCUCACGCGCACAUCGCCUCCACCCGCAACCUGACCAGCAGGCUCCAUCCGUCUACAUCGCCUCAAAGCUCAACCAAAAAGUGCUUCUCCAGAACAUGCCUGACCUCUUCUGACAAACACAACCGGGCCUCCGGUCUCCAUCCAUUUUGGGAUGCCUUAUCGUUUGAAUUCAUUUUAAGUCUUCCUUUGUAAAAAAAAAAAGAAUAAACUAAAACGAACAAAAAGGGAUAUAUAUCUAUAGAUACAGAAACAUACGACACAUUGUUAACAAUUAUUGAUCCUUAAUCCUUAUCAUGACUCAAAACAAGCGACAGCAUCACAUUACGGUAACUUCAUGUAUGGGGAAGACGGUAAAUGCUCUCACACACACACACACACACACACACCAAGUUGGAGCUGGUUUCAAAUGCAAAAAUGUAUUAUAUCUUAAGAAAUGAAUAAAUAUUUUGUUUUUAUAUGCCUUUGUUUUAUUAUAUUAUGUAUGUCCGUUGAAGUAUUGUUUCGUCUUGACAAUGUAUUUGCAGGACUUACUUUUUAUUUUUUAAAUUACUAAAUAAAAGUAUAUUCCAGGAAUUGUCUACACAAACAA